AUGGCAAACAUCGCAAAAAUUGAAUUCCCAGCUCUUAAUAUCACCGGAGAAAAUUAUAUGCCGUGGACGGCACAUGUUAAGAGACAUCUCAAAUCAAUGGGUGUUUUGGAAACGAUAACGGAGGGGAAUAAAUGUAGCGAUCAAGACAAGGUUUUGUGGGAAGAUUUAAAAAGCAGAUUCGAUCAUCAGAGGGAAGUUUUACUUCCCACUGCUAGAGAUGAAUGGAACAAUCUCAGGUUCCAAGAUUUUAAAAAGGUGAAUAAAUACACCUCUGCUUUGUUCAGAACAUGCUCAACACUCCGAUUCUGUGGGCAAACUGUUACGGAGGAAGAUAUGUUAGAGAAAACUUUCUCCACAUUUCAUGCAUCAAAUAUAAACUUGCAACAACAAUAUCGGUUGCAAAGGUUUCAAAGAUAUUAUGAUCUAAAUUCAUUUCUCCUCGUAGCAGAGAAAAACAAUGAGCAACUAAUGAAAAAUCAUCAAGCUCGUCCCACUGGAUCAUUAGCCUUCCUAGAAGCAAAUGCUUUUAUUAAUGAUGAUACUAAAGACUCUGGAAGAAAAUGGGGACGAGGCCGUGGCCGUGGCCAUUUUGGUAAAGGUAAUGGUCGCAACCAUUCCUUCAAAGGAAAUAAUAAUUUUCGAGCUAUUUCUGUUUCACAUAUCAUCAAAACACCCGCAACAAAGGAAAGGCUUGCCGCCUUUCGGAGACUUGAUCCUGCAAAAAGAUCAUUUAAAACAAAGACCCAGGAUUCUCAAGAGAAAUUUACUGAAAUCGAGGACUAUGUUGGGAACGUUGAAGGGCUGGAAGGGAAAUACUCGGACCUCCAACAAGUAUCGGUGCUCAAGGAUCACAAGAUUGCUUCUCUUGAAAAGGACCUCAAUGAUGCCAAAACCUAG